AAGACUGAGGACUGGGGGUAUCUGAAUGAAGAUGGACAGCUCGGCUUGGCCUAUCAGGGUCUCAAGUAAGACCCUUCUUUGGAGGCUUUUAAGCAGAGGCUAGAUGGCCAUCUGUCAGGGGUGUAUUGAAUGCGAUUUCCUGCUUCUUGGCAGGGGGUUGGACUGGAUGGUCCAUGAGAUCUCUUCCAACUCUAUGAUUCUAUGAUUCUAUGACCAGUAGAAAGACAGUUAACUCAGACAGUUAACUCCCUUGGGGUGAACUGUUAGCUGAGAGUGUGGGAUAUUGAGUUUAAAAUAAUUUCAUUAAUGUUGUUUAUUGCAAAAGAAAAAAAUCAUUGCUUUUAAUUUCAUUAAUUUAAUUAAUUGUAAAUUACUUCAUUCAUUACAUCAUUAGUUUAUAAAAAGAUUGUGGAAGAGAAAGAGAAAGGGAACAGCAUGAUUCCUUGUUGCACUUUUUGUUAUAGGUUCCUUCUUGUUUGCAGUUACUAAAUGUAUAGAAUCAAAGAAUAUGAGGGUUUGAAAGGGACCACAAGAGCCAUAUAUUUCACUCUGCCUCCAUCAUACAGGAACAGACUGCUAAAGUACAUCCAAAAUAUGCCCAUCUAACCUCUAUUGAAAGACCGUCGAAGAUGGGGAGCCCACCACUAAGAUGAUCCAUUCUUCCUAAUGUUUAGGGAGAAUCCCUUUUCUGGCAAUUUGAAUCCAUUGACUUGUGUUCUGGUUUCUGAAGCAGCAGAAAACAAGUUGCCCUUCCCUUAUGUUGGUUGUUCACUUUGUAUGUUGUGGAGAGAACAAAAUUAAGGAUCACAUAACAAGUUAGAUUUAAUUAUUCCCAAACUCUAGUUGAGUGCUACUAACCAGACACCCCAUCUUCCAGCCCUAAUCAUAAUGGGUGGAUGCAUAAUGUCUGAUUAUUUUGAACCAAAAUCCAAAUUUUUUUUGUUAACAAUACCUUCUGUCCUUCAAGAUUAUUUAUUUAUUUAUUUAAUUUAUACAUCGCUCUUCUCCCCCAGGAGAAGAUGGAGAUGUGCAUGGAAAUGUGUCAAUCCCCUGAGAAUUUUGCUGGACAGGCUUCUUGAACCUCAGCUCCAGGAACAGAGAAGAGAGCAUGAAGAAGAACUGAAAGCUCUGAGGAGGGAAAUGGAGAAGAGGCAGGAAGCCUUAUACCAGACACUCCAGCGAUCACCAGAAGCCCAAGUGGAGUUUGACAUCCAGCAGGAAAUCACAUGGCUGACCACUGAAAACCGGAUAAGGAGUCUCUUUAGACUGGGUCGGAGUUGUCAUGAAGAUGUGCUAAUAGAGGCCUUCUCAGGAAAAGAUGGACAUAAGAGAAGAGAGAUAGGAGACAGGUGGGCGGCCCCUCCGAAAUGGGGUGUGGGGAUUUGUAGAAGAGAAGAAAACCAAGAAGACAGCAGCUUGAGAACCAUUGCAGGAGAUGGUACUGAUGAAGAUCCCAGAACACGUACAGCUGAAAUGCAGGUGAAAACUGAGGAAACAGUGGAAACAGCAGUGUCUACCACUGGUUCAUCUAAUCCAAGUCCUGCCAAAGAAACCAUAGAACAGGAGGAAAGACAAGAAGCUGUGUCAUUGUUAGACCUUGGACUUUAUAUAAACAAGACUAUUUCUGAUGACCAGUUGAAAGCUCAAUUAGUGCAGAAUCCACAGACUCCAUUGCCAGGAUAUGUAUUUCCUGUGGAUAAGAAGAGACAUCUAAGUUUCAACACAAAUGGAUCAGCAGAUUUCCCUGGUUAGCCUACUCAUUUCAUGCACACGGUGCACUCUGUAAGUACUGUGUGGUAUUUGGAGGAGACGUUGGGGGUAAAGGUGGUCAUCAGCAACUUGCUGCAUUGGUUGCUAAACCAUUUUUGCAAUGGAAAAAUGCAAUAGAAAUCUUCAAUAGGCACCAAAAAACAGAGUACCAUCAGAACAACUUGUGCUUGGCUGAAAACUUCUUGCUAAUUCAUAGUGGAAAACAUUCUGAUGUAACCCGUCAUCACGAUAAAGGAAAUAAGAAGAAAGCAGAAGAAAACGGAAAGAAACUUCUGCCAAUUGUGGAAACUAUUGUCCUUUGUGGCCAACAAGGACUGGCUUUAAGAGGGAGCAAAGAUUCAGGACCUAUUACCCUUGAAGAACCUUAGCCACAAUGAUGGUAAUUUCAGGGCCUUGUUGAGAUCUCAUGCCAGAUCAGGAGACACUGACCUGAAAAUUCAUCUCAAAACUGCAGCUAUGAAUGCCCAGUGUACUAGUCCUCAAAUACAAAAUGAACUAAUAAACAUUUGUGGUGACAAGCUAGUCCAAACAAUUGUUGAAAGAUGCAAUGCAUCACAGUGUUUCUCUGUUUUGGCAGAUGAAACUUUGGAUGUGAGUACCCCCGAACUCUCGGUAAGGUACAUUGCUGUCGAAGUUGGAGGAAUAAGAGAAGAUGGCUUUGUGAUGAUACAUGAUAUGACAGGUGGAGGACUUGCAGACAUCAUUUUGAAAACACUGGAAAAAUUGGGUUGAACUUGCAAUAUUUGUGUGGACAGGGUUAUGAUGGAGCUGCUAAUAUGAGUGGUCAUAUUAGUGGAGCACAGGCAAUUAUAUUGGAAAAGUAUCCAAAGGCUGUCUACAUCCACUGCAGUGCUCACUCACUAAAUCUAGCCUUAGCAAAGGCUUGCAGCAUUCCAGCUGUCAGAAACUGCCAAGGAACAAUAUCAUCUGUGUGCUAUUUCUUCAGAGCAUCAUCCAUCAGACUGGAACUGUUGAAGAAAAAUAUAAAGGACUCUUUUCCUGAAUCAAGAGCAAACAGCCUGUUGCUGCUUUGUAAAACCCGUUGGGUUGAGCGACAUGAUGCAGUUUUACGUUUUGUUGAACUGUACAGUGUGGUGGUAAGGACACUUGAAGAACUAAAAGAGAGCCCUCUAUAAAACAGUGAGACUUCUUCCCAAGCUGCACAACUUCUUUUUACUGUUUUGAAUGCUGGAUUUGUAGUAACCAUACACAUCCUAAGAAAGCUUCUGUCAUCAUUCCUUCAGCUUAGCAAAACAUUACAAAGAGUAGAUGUGGACAUUUUUGGUAGCCUGCAACAAGUUGACAGUUUUUUAGAAAAAGCCAGGGAGAUGAGCACAGAAUCUGUGAAGGAAUUUCAGGAGAUCUUUGACACAGCAAGAUCAGCGGUGGAGUCUAUGGGUGGAGAAGUGAGGAUUCCUUGCAUCUGUUCAAGGCAGACCUGCCAAAGCAACAUUCAGGCAACUUCACCAACACCAAUGGAAUAUUAUAGACUAAAUGUGUACAUCCCAUUUCUGGACUUUUCCUGCAGUCAGCUUCAAGAAACGUUUACAAGGCACAGGAACUACAAGUGUUCCUCCCUAUUAAUUGUGGGCAUUUAAAACCCAACUUGAACUGCAGGUGUUCCUCUCUAUUAAUUGUGGGCAUUUAAAACCCAACUUGAACAAGUGUACAGAACUUUACAAUUAAUUCCUUCAAGAUUCUGACACACUGAUGGAAGAAUUUGACAUGUGGUGUAGAAAAUGGGAAAAGAUUGCACCUGCAGAAAAACCAACAAAUGCACUGGAAGCAUAUCUUGUCUGUGAUGAACAGUUUUUUCCAAAUGUGAAGAAACUUCUUCAGAUUUCUGCAACAUUGCCAGUGUCAACAGCUACAAAUGAAAGGUUGUUUUCAACCCUUAAACGUUUGAAAACAUACACAAGAAGCACAAUGAGGCGAGAAAGACUGACUGGACUUGCAGUCUUGAGUGUCCUCCGAAGUUUAUCAAUAGAGCCUGAUUUCUGUCAAAGUGUAUUGACACAGUUUUCAAGUGUUUCUAACAAAGGUUGUGGUAUUCUUUUGUAACUAUAAAUUAUCAAUUAACAAUCAUUUUCAGUUGAAACUUUGUAACUAAAAUAGAAAUUUGAUUUAAUGAAGUCUAUAUAAAAUAUACUUGAAACCAUAUAAUUUAAAGUAUUUUAUGUUAUGGCACGAUGAAACAUGCCUGUUACCCUUUGUAGUCUUUUACCUAGAUCAUUGCUAUCUUAAAUGCUGUUUAUAAGUUUUAAUCCUGGUUUUAUUAGUUUUAUCUGCUGUUAAUUCCACCCACAUCGUGUGUCUUAAUCAGUUUUGGCUAUUUUUGGCCUUACUAACGUUGCAUACCUUGUAUCUUAUACUUUUUACGGAGAAAUAAGGAUCUUUGGACUGUAAUAAAAAUGUUGUUGUGUUAUCGAACUACUCUUCAUGAUUUGCUAAAAAAAAAGUCCGUCCCCCCGCCCCCGAAACUUUUUUCUGGCUACGGCCGUCUUUCACCCCUAGGAACCUGAAGUCCAGAAAAAGUUUAACAGUUUCAAUUGGCUAUUUUCUUUCUUGUCCAUCUCCAUCUUCUUUGAAGAGUCAAGUUUUUAAAAUGAUAUUGCCUUGAGACCAAGCAGUCUCUUGAGGCCAGAGAGAAAAAAGAGAGCAUGUCCCCUAGCUCUUUAAAAUAAGCCAGCCUCACCCUGAGCAACUUGACAAAUUGCUCCCCUCACUGCUACACGAAACACUCACAAUGCAUGAUGGAUUGGCCUGGUGGCAGGCUGAAAUAGAUCCUGAAAGAGGACUCAAUGUGUAGCUUGAUAAAGAUGUUUAUGUGUUAAGGGUCAGUCAGUCUUCCUCACCUUUUAAAGAAGAACCUUUAGUACUUCUGAGGCAAAGAAUAAAACUUCUUCAACUGGGUAAAGAAAUAAAAUCCAUAGAGUCCUCUGAUAUAUGUGUGUGUGUGUGUGUAUAAUAAUUUUUCUUUCUUUUUUAAAAUAAUUUUUAUUAGUUUUAAAAAAUUUAACAUAACAUUACUACAGUUGUAGUGAGGGAAAAAUAGGGUGGGUGAAAGGCAAGGAAAAAUACAAAAAAGGCAAAGGCAAAGAUGGGGAAAAAGUAACAUUGGGGUUGAUGACAUCCAGUCAAUUCCACAGGGAUUAAAAUUCAUUGACAUUAUAUCACAUAUUUUCUGAACCCUCUUCCUUGCUUCCUGCACUUUCUCAAGCCCUUAAUAUAGCUAACAUCAUUAAAGCAGUCAAAAAUAAUAUGACGUUUUUCUUGUAGGUACUUUUUGACUGGUGACCAAUCUAUCCUUUUUUGGGGGGUAUAAUCUUGUAGUAGAGAAAUCAUAGUGUCCAUAUCCACAUAGUCCCUUAAUUUGAUGAUCCAAGAGUCUUCUGACGGGAUUUCCUUCGUGCUCCAUUUUUGAGCUAUUAAGGCUCUAGCUGCUGCUGUUAUAUAGAAAAAUAAUAUAUCUUCAUUUCUUUCUAAA